UACAGAUUCCAUUAUUGUCGAUCAAUGCAGUCGCCAUGUGAGGUGGGGGGAGGAAAGCAGGAGGAGAAGAAAAGGAGAGAUGAGAGCUUCCUAUUCACGGAUUUAUCAACCUGCCUUUGCUCACAGGAAAUCCUCCUGAAGGGGGCUGGGAUGCUGCUGAAACAGCUAAGGCAGGAAAGGCUAGGGAGCUGCAGUUCUGACUGAAAGGAAAUUUGACAACCUUUCUCCCCAGAACAAAACAAAAUGCUGAGUUUGUUCUUGCAUCUUUGUUUUUGUUGAUGGUGUGCUUUACCUAGCUGAUUAGCUAUUGUGCUGUCUGGUUAUCGAAGCUGCUUCCAGUGUAGGACACCCCCGCCCCUUCCCUUUUUUUUCUUUGAGUGUCUAUUCUUUAUUUCCCCAUGCUUUCUCCUGUCAUUAAACACACAUCAUUAUUCAAUUUUAUUCUGGCAUUCUCUUUCAGGCUAAAACGUAACAAAAAGAGUCAGAGAGCAAAUCUCUCUUUCCUCUCUCCUACCAGCCUCUUUUAACCCUCUCUAUUCCGCUCAGCCUUCCACCCCCACUGUUGUGUUAGAUUGAUGCCACAGAGACAGAAUUCAGAGUGGAAGGAGGAUCACAUUUUCUCUUCCAUCCUUACAGCUUAGCCUGCAAUUUAAAUAUUCAGCCCCAAGAAUUUAGUGUCUGUGUCCCUCUCUUGCCGCUUCAUCAUUCAGUAAUUGUACUCUGUAUGGAAAAGUUUUCUGGCUGGAGGAUGAGUCUCCUUUCCCCUGGUGAUGUGGUGGAGUGGUUGGAUAGUAGCACCGAAGAGGAGAAGAGCCUUCUGUCAUUUCUGGGCAUAUAAGCUGCGGUAUCAACUUCUCAGUCAUUAGGAAUAUUGUAAUUUGGCUAAUAUCUUAAUGGUCAAGAUGCUACAAGGAGAUGAAAGAAGACCUGUAUCCAGCAUGCAAACAGUGAUAGGAGGUGCCAGCAGAAAGGUCCCCCCGCAGACGGAGCAUCUCAGGGACCAGCACAUCAGAGAAACCCAACUCCAUGGACACUGCGAAUACCUCCCCUUUCAAAGUACCAGGAUUCUUCAGCAAGCGCCUGAAAGGUUCCAUCAAGAGGACCAAAAGCCAGUCAAAGCUUGACAGAAACACAAGCUUUCGACUUCCAUCCCUUCGAAAUGCAGAUGACAGGUCUCGUGGUCUGCCUAAACUGAAAGAGUCUCGUUCACAUGAGUCCCUGCUGAGCCCCUGCAGUGCUGUGGAAUGUCUGGAUCUUGGUAGAGGAGAGCCAGUGUCAGUGAAACCACUCCAUAGUAGCAUCCUUGGACAGGACUUCUGCUUUGAGGUCACCUACUUAAGUGGAAGUAAAUGCUUUAGCUGUAACUCUGCCUCAGAGAGAGAUAAGUGGAUGGAAAACCUUCGAAGGACCGUUCAGCCAAAUAAGGACAAUUGUCGGCGAGCUGAAAAUGUCCUCCGUUUAUGGAUCAUUGAAGCCAAGGACCUUGCCCCUAAAAAAAAAUAUUUCUGCGAACUGUGCCUUGAUGAUACCCUCUUUGCUCGUACAACCAGCAAGACCAAAGCAGACAAUAUUUUCUGGGGUGAACAUUUUGAGUUCUAUAGCCUUCCACCUCUCCAUAGCAUCACAGUUCACAUUUAUAAGGAUGUGGAAAAAAAGAAAAAAAAGGACAAGAAUAAUUAUGUAGGGCUAGUCAACAUCCCCACUGCCAGUGUGACUGGUCGCCAGUUUGUAGAAAAAUGGUACCCAGUGAGUACACCCACACCCAACAAAGGGAAGACAGGAGGACCUUCUAUUCGGAUUAAGUCACGUUUCCAAACUAUCACCAUUCUGCCUAUGGAGCAAUACAAAGAAUUUGCAGAAUUCAUCACCAGCAACUACACCAUGCUGUGUUCAGUUCUUGAGCCGGUAAUUAGUGUGAGGAAUAAAGAGGAGUUGGCUUGUGCCUUAGUACACAUUCUUCAGAGUACUGGCAGAGCCAAGGAUUUUCUGACUGACUUGGUGAUGUCUGAGGUGGAUCGUUGUGGAGAGCAUGAUGUCUUGAUCUUCAGAGAAAACACCAUUGCCACUAAAUCCAUUGAGGAAUACCUCAAGUUGGUAGGACAACAGUACCUCCAUGAUGCACUGGGGGAGUUCAUCAAAGCCUUGUAUGAAUCAGAUGAGAACUGUGAAGUGGAUCCCAGCAAGUGUUCUUCUAGUGAACUGAUAGACCACCAGAGCAACCUGAAAAUGUGCUGUGAGUUGGCUUUCUGCAAGAUCAUCAACUCAUACUGUGUCUUCCCUCGUGAGCUGAAAGAAGUGUUUGCAUCAUGGAAGCAGCAGUGCCUGACCCGAGGCAAGCAAGACAUCAGUGAGCGGCUCAUUAGUGCCUCCCUGUUUCUCCGCUUCCUUUGCCCAGCCAUUAUGUCUCCCAGUCUCUUCAGCCUGAUGCAGGAGUAUCCUGAUGACCGCACAUCGCGGACUCUAACUCUUAUUGCCAAGGUCAUCCAGAACCUGGCCAACUUUGCCAAGUUUGGUAACAAAGAGGAAUACAUGGCAUUCAUGAAUGAUUUUUUAGAACAUGAAUGGGGUGGAAUGAAGCGGUUCCUUUUGGAGAUCUCUAAUCCAGACACCAUCUCAAACACCCCAGGCUUUGAUGGUUACAUUGAUCUGGGCAGAGAGCUGUCAGUUUUGCAUUCCUUACUGUGGGAAGUAGUUUCCCAACUUGAUAAGGGUGAAAAUUCCUUCCUACAGGCAACUGUGGCAAAACUGGGGCCUCUCCCUCGUGUUCUUGCUGAUAUCACCAAGUCCCUGACUAACCCUACACCAAUACAACAGCAGCUGAGACGCUUUGCUGAGCACAGCUCCAGUCCAAAUGUCAGUGGAAGCCUCUCCUCUGGGCUGCAGAAAAUAUUUGAAGACCCCACUGACAGUGAUUUGCAUAAACUAAAAUCUCCAAGCCAGGAGAACACAGACAGCUAUUUCAGAGGGAAAACGUUAUUGUUGGUUCAGCAAGCCUCCUCCCAGAGCAUGACUUACUCUGAAAAGGAUGAAAAGGAAAGCAGCCUUCCUAAUGGUCGGAGUAUCUCCCUCAUGGACCUCCAGGACACUCAUGCUGCUCAGGUGGAGCAUGCAUCUGUCAUGCUUGAUGUGCCUAUGCGCCUUGCAGGAAGCCAGCUGUCUAUAACCCAGGUGGCUAGCAUCAAACAACUUCGGGAAACCCAGAGCACUCCUCAGAGUGCACCUCAAGUGAGAAGACCCCUGCACCCAGCCUUGAACCAGCCAGGAAGUCUCCAGCCCUUGUCAUUCCAGAACCCUGUCUAUCACCUCAACAACCCAGUUCCAGCAAUGCCAAAGGCCUCUGUAGAUUCUAGUUUGGAGAACCUAAGCACUGCCAGUUCUAGAAGCCAAAGCAAUAGUGAAGACUUCAAACUCAGUGGACCCAGCAAUAGCAGCAUGGAAGAUUUCACCAAAAGAAGCACGCACAGUGAAGACUUCUCCAGGCGGCACACUGUACCAGACAGACACAUACCUCUUGCUCUGCCACGACAAAACAGUACUGGGCAGUCCCAAAUCCGAAAAAUGGACCAGGCUGGGUUAGGUGCCCGAGCCAAAGCACCCCCAUCCCUGCCACAUAGUGCUUCCUUACGUAGCACAGGGAGCAUGUCAGUGGCCUCUGCAGCCCUAGUGGCUGAACCUGUGCAGAAUGGGAGCCGAUCCAGACAGCAGUCCUCUUCCUCCAGAGAGAGCCCUGUUCCCAAAGUGAGAGCAAUCCAGAGACAACAGACACAGCAGGUUCAGUCACCUGUGGAUUCUGCCACAAUGUCUCCAGUAGAAAGGACAGCAGCCUGGGUUCUGAACAAUGGACAGUAUGAAGAGGAUGUGGAAGAAACCGAACACAAUCAAGAUGAAGCCAAGCAUGCUGAGAAGUAUGAACAGGAAAUUAGCAAACUGAAGGAGCGCCUACGAGUUUCCAGCCGGCGGCUAGAGGAGUACGAGCGCCGGCUUCUGGUGCAGGAGCAGCAGAUGCAGAAGCUGCUGCUGGAGUACAAGGCCCGGCUGGAGGACAGUGAGGAGCGGCUGCGCAGACAGCAGGAGGAGAAGGACAGCCAGAUGAAAAGCAUCAUCAGCAGGCUAAUGGCUGUGGAAGAGGAAUUGAAAAAGGAUCAUGCUGAGAUGCAAGCAGUUAUUGAUGCAAAGCAGAAAAUAAUUGAUGCACAGGUCAUAAAUGGAAGUGAGAUUAUUCAAACAGGAAAAGCGGAUCGUGUCCCUGGAUUCAGCCAACACAAGACUGAUGAGCGCGCUGACUCAAGUGAAGGAGCGGUACAGCAUGCAGGUCCGCAAUGGCAUCUCUCCCACCAACCCCACCAAGCUUUCCAUCACGGAGAAUGGUGAAUUCAAGAACAGCAGCUGCUGAUGGAUGGCCUUUGUGAAUACAGACUGUGGGAGGAGACAGAAGGAAGCUGCCCAGCUCUCCUAUCCCAGCCCUUUACCCUCCAGGUUUACAGAAUGUUGCUUCAAAUAGCAGUAUGUUGAGAAACUCUUAAAUGAAGAAAGGAACCUUGUCUUUCAGGGCAUAGAGCAAAGACUCCCAAUGUUGAUGCUUUCCCCAGUGUCUCUAUGUACAUAGGGAACUUAGUUCUGGGCCAUGUACAAAAAUACCACUGUAAUAUACCAAAAGGAAGUUAAUAAUGUAGAUUACCUUUUUAAUUAUUACUAUUUUAUUAUUGUUUUUCUCUCGUUGAAAGCACUGCAGUUUUUAGUGGAGGAAAAGUAGGAGCCGAGUGCGAGUGAGAAAUGAGCCUGUCAGUUCAGUAGGUAGAGACUCUGUGUAUUGGAUAGGAGCACAUGGAGUGCAAUAGGACCUUGUCAGAAUGAUUUUUUUUUUUUUUCAGGGAUUCAUCUGCCAGUUUAAAAGCCCCACCCUAGUCCCUUACCAUUAGGAAAACAUGCAAUACCAAGACCUAUACAAAACAGUGAUUUAUGCCUCUGGUCAGCCAGGAUGGUAAUCUGAUUUAGAGAGGACAUGGAUAAAAGUGGGUGGUUGUACCAAAACUGAACUAGAAAUGAGUUCUGAAUUCUGUCAGUAUGUUUCCUCCAUCUACAGCAGAUGGGAAUCUUCUGCUUUAGAUAGGGGACUUUUUUAUUUUUUAACUCCUACUUUUUUUAAACUACUCGUAGGAGUUGACAGAACUCUACAUAUCUGUGUCUCUCUACCAUCUUCAUUUUCCUUGGCACUGCCCUUGUCUCCCCAUGCUGGGAACGGUCAGCACCAGCAGGCUUGACUCUCCACUGAGAGGUUAUUCAAGUGUGCCAUUCGCUAGCCAUCUGAAUAAAUACCCUAUCUGCCACACAAAAAAGGGCUAAUUACAACAGAGCAGGAAUCUCUAUUUCCCACUCAAAUUUUCCUUCCUAUUUGUCCAUUGUGUUUUUACUUAGGAUAAAGAUUGUAUCCACCAUACUAACAAAUUUAUGGGCAGGGCUAUUUCAUCACCACUUUUAACUUUUAAAUUGCUGCUUCUUUCUGUUUAUCCCUUCCAUAAAAUUUGGGAAGGAAAUCUAAAACUGAAGCCUGUCUUUUCUUUUUUAAAUGCUGAUUAAUCUUGCUACAGAGAACCAGAAUGUGAGGAUGGCACAUUCCAGUUGUUAUUCCACAUUCGUGGUAGACUCAGCAAGAAUGACCCAGCUUAUCAUUAAUGGCUUUAAUACAGGACAAAAUAUCCAUGUUUUUCUCCAGAGUGUGACAUGUCAUCUGGAAUGCAGGCUUAAUUAUCAGAGGCGGAGAAAGGUAGCUGCAGGUUAAACAAAUAUUAUAUAUAAAUAUAUAUACAUAUAUUCACACAUAUGUACAUAUAAUGUGCACAUCAAAAAUGUUCAUACCUUCUAUGCUGUCAGAUAUACAGAGAUAAUGUUUUAAAAGGGUCCUGAAUCUCUUUAAGCAAGAUCUACACCAUUUUAUGUUGGGGAAAAAAAAAACAGCAUUUCUCAAAUAAGUUAAUGUUUUGUUUUGUUUUUUUAAGUUAUAUGCUUUAAGAUUUUUUUUAAGUAAAGGAUGCGGAGGAAGACAUAACAGAGCCAUAUGCAUGGACUAUGUGUUUCUACAUGGUAGAAUAUUUAUAAAAAAAACAAGAGAACUUGUGUAGUACCCUCUUUGUUUGAAGCCCAGGCAUCCAUACCAAGCCCUCCUUUCCACCAAGUCCCAGGCAUGUAUUCCAAGUCUCACUUGCCCCUUCAGUUGACCUUUAUGUCUGACCUUGCAUUUCAGCAACCUCACCAGAGCCCUCAACUGACCACCUUUGGAAAGGGUUUCUCAUAAUAACCUUUUUGUAUCAGACAAACGUCUAAAACAGGAGCAUCUCACUGUGAUUGGAACGGCAGGCCUCCACGGCCACUUGAGUGUUUUCUUGACCCUUAACGGCUAUUUUACCAGGUCUUAUCUCCUCUCCAAGCUGAGGCCACAUUGUGUUAAAAUUACUUCAUAAGAGAAAAGUUUUUGAUUCUGCAGUAAUGGCAUGUAUUGAGUGAAGAGGGAAUGUAAACAUAGAUCUUUUCUUGUUUGUAGCUUAGCAGUGUUUCCUUCAUUCUUGAAAACCCUUCAGUAGUGCCACAGAGAAGCUAGGCAAUUCUUAGUCUCAGUGGCCUGAAGUAUAUGAUGUGGUAACGUCUUUCUUUGAGGUUGAGAAGGUAUUGAGAUGCUGGUUAUAGAUUACAGAGAGUUGGUCAAAUAAGUGUAGUGAUGAAUGCAGUGUAACUAUUAACACUCUGGCAUCUCUGAGUGACUGCACUGUAAGAUUGAAUUUUAAAACAUUUGGACAUAGAAUGAGGCUCUCUAGCCAUCGUGUUAUCAUGAAGGAAGAGAAAAAAGUAAAAUAACAAAAAUAGUGAAAGAAUUAGAGGUCAAAAGUUCAGCAUUGUUGCCAGAUAUUAAAUCUCAGAUUAUUCUUUGAGCCCUCUCAUCUUUUUAGCCUAUCAGAAAUAUUAUUCUGGAGUAUAGCUCAGUUGGCACAGUACCAGCCUAACAUGCCAGAGGCCAUGGGUUCAAAUCCCAGCAUCACACGAACUGGGAUAUGGCACACAGGCCUGCAAUCCCAGCACCCCAGGGAUGGGAGCAGGAGGAGCAGGAGCUCAAGGUCAUCUGCUGCUGCAGAAGUGUCCUGGCCAACCUGAGUUAAGACCCUGUCUCAAAAUGCUAAAAAAAUAUUUUUUUUUAAUAUUUCUUUAGAGAAUUUUGAAAUCUUAUAGUUUAUUUUGAAUUUUUUCAAAGUAUAGAAGAGGACAGCAGCAGGUGCUAAUUUAUGUGGUGUUUCUUUAACUCAAAUAGGUACAUCAUUUUGUUUUACUGGGAAGAAACGUGUGAUUUUUAAAAAGCAGAUGGGUUAAGUAGCUGCAUCUUGCGAUUCCUGUUUUUGUCAACACAUCAGCAUGUUACAGGGUGAGAAUAGACCAGGGUUGGAUGGGGUUUGGUAUUCAGGUGAUGUACUUGUGAAGCUUUUAUCCCAGUGGGGGCCUGACUUGACCAUUUACAAGGACAGCCUUAAUAAGACCAGGAAAGGGGCUUCCUGUUUCCCUCCUACGCCACUAGAGCAAUAAGAUUUCCAGGCUUUUCCAGAACAGCAAAUAGUCCUAUUCCCAUAAGACUAGCAUUACUUCACAUCUGUUCCUGUGUGCUGCUUGGGUCUGGGGCAGUCUUUUACUUGGUGUGGAAACUGAGGUAAUUGUGCUACUAUAACUGUUGUUGCUUUUUCACUUACCAUCAGGUUGGUGUUAAGUGUUAACUAAGGAACAUGAGUGUGCGAGACAGUCUGCUUCUAUCCUCUGUUACGGGGUUGCACUGUAAAGAAAACGUGAGGGUUUCUAAGAUUGCUGUAAACAUCCAGUGUGCAUACUGGGGCUGAGCAUGAUCUCAGUAGUUCUGUAUUCUUACUGUACCUGUGGCUUUUGUAAGGGACAGCAGCUCUCCAGAGCCCUGACUUCCACUGUGUCCUCAGGGAAGUAGUUUAGAAGCAGGGUUUUUGUUUGAAGUUCCAGAGGACAAUUGCCAUCAAGUGUGUUUGCAUUAGUGUUUGCUCUGCUUCCUCCCAGGUACAGUUCCUGAGAAGGCCUGUUAAGGGACUGAGCUGGGACAAAGCAGCCUUCUUCAGGAUCCUCAGUCAACAGACUGACUGAGCCCCAGGCUGGACUGUAGACUAGCCAUGUCACUGGCAAACUCAGCAUUUCCAGAGCCCAUCCUACAGUUUUACUUCAUUGGGGGGGGGGGUGUCUCCUGCUCUAUACCCCUUAGCUUUUUCUUUCUUUCUUUCUUUCUUUCUCUUUUUUUUUUUUUUAGGUUUUUCAAGACAGGGUUUCUCUGUGUAGUUUUGGUGCCUGUCCUGGAUCUUGCUCUGUAGACCAGGCUAGCCUCAAACUCACAGAGAACUGCCUGGCUCUGCCUCCCAAGUACUGGGAUUAAAGGUGUGCGCCACCACCACCCGGCACCCCUUGGCUUUUUUCAAGUCAGUAAUGAACUCUUCCUUGCUUGCCUCAGCAGUAAAAAGUCACCUUCCCAACCUGUACCUGGGAUACCCUUUAAAACUAUUAUUAAUUUAAAGGACUUAUACUUGUUUCUUAAAAGCAAGUAAUGUUGAAGUUUCAAAUUUGUAAGUACAAGCUUUUUUAUGUUUAAAUAAUAGUUAUCAGUUCUUAUAAAGCACCCUUCUGUCACAGACCAUCUAGGGAAGCUCUUGAGCUUUGAAAGGACAAGGGUGAUGCAAUUUGCAUGAGAGAGAGUGAAUUUCUUCCAGAAAGAUCCUGAGGAAGACACAUGAUCCAAUGGACUCCGUUCCACAGAAGUUCAAAGAAACAAGUGGAGUUGGCGUCACCUGGCUCCUCCUAAGACGUAUAUGUGGAAAGGCAGCUCCUAAGACAUCAUGUGCAUACCUACAGAAAUACACACCUUUUAGGGCAUCCCUUUAAAAAAAAAAUGUUAAUCCACUUUAUAAACUAGUCAUUCCUAAACUUUCUUGAUGUUUUGUUUUUGUUUUGUUGUUUUUUAUAAAAUUUUUAUAAAAUUCUAUUCUUUUUUAAAUGUACUAUAUGUGUUAUAUGUAUAUAUAAGUUAAAGUGACUUGAGCUCGGUAUCAUUGGUAGCAUAGAAAAUAUGGAGCAACAGAUGACUGUCACCAUCCAAGAGCAGAAUACAGAAAGCAGUUUUGGUUCCUCAAUCAGUUAAUGCUCAGGUGUUUGAACAACAGCCCAGCUGGCCUUGGUAAAUGCAGCAGGCCACCCGAAGAGAGGUCAGGAGUACUUUGACCCCAUGGUACAGCACAUUUUCAUUUUCUACUCUGUUAUUUUUUAUCAGAUGCCCUCAUUGUUCCCUAGGAAGUCUUGGAACUGAAAACCUGACUGUACUGUUGGUGCAGUGACAUUUCCACAGCUGUGUUUUGGGGUCCCCAUCCUCUGUGUGUGGUCAUGCAUUUGAAUAUAAAUAGCAUGGUUAUGUCAUUUCCAAACCCUGAAGGAAAUUAUCAAUUUCCAGUUCACUAAAGGUUCAAUGCUAAUUAACUCGAUGACCGCUGUCCUACAGAAAAGCUAAAGUAAGUAGUAAAGGUUGAAUUUUGACUGGUGCUUAGAUAUUUCUAGCUAUAUUAGGAUCAACUCAAGCAAACAGCAGCAUAUUUACCUGGGUCACACCUGUGAGGAAUUUAUCUUCUAAAUUUGAUUUUGUUUUUCAUCUCCAGGGCCUUAAUAAGAGUAUGUUAAUACACAUGACUAUUUUACAAAGAUGGUUCAAAAUAAUUUAUUUUUUAUUUCAAGAAAGAGAAAUUCACCUUAGAAAAACAAAACCCAAGAUUUUAUUUUAUUUUUAAAGCCAUAUUUUUGUGCUUUGUAGCACUCAAGAUUGUUCCAUAUGUGAUCCAUAUCUGCAUUUCAUUACCUGGGUUCUAAAAAAGAUUUAUUUUUGUUCUGUGAAUAAUUUUUGACGGUUCUUGUACAUGUACAGAUAUAGAUACGUUUGAGGUCUUUUAUUGAUAUUCCUACAAAAAUACAAAUAAACUUUAACUUUAAACAUU